CCAGAAGAAAAAAACAAUCAAAACAAUCCCACUCCCAGCCCCUCCAAUUCUACGAUCCUGAGGAUCCUAUCGUUCCCGCUCCGACCCCCACCGCCUGCCGAUACGAGACACCACCGAUCCCAGAGCAGAGACAUUCCCUAUUCGUCGGAGUUACUUAGAGAAGGAGAAGUAUAGAUACCGAGAGAACUUCUCGACUUCUCGUCGUCCGCCGCGAUGGCCGAAGCACGGAAAUCGUACAUGACCAAGGAGCAGCUCGAGCAAUACCUGGCAGACCUGCGAAACAACAAGCCCCAGCGCCCCUCAGGCAGCCGGCCGAUAUCGGCAUCGAAAUCGCGAUGGUCGAUUCUGCGCGCGGCGACCGCCUCGGUCCCCCCGCCAGCCUCUGAGCCCGUCGUCAUCGAUCCAUUCGGGCCUCCGACCCUUCACAGUGCUACUCCUCCGCCUGCGCUGAGUCGCCGGGAAAGCAAGCUGAUCCGGAAACACUCGUCGGGAGCGUCGCACAGGCGGUCCAACACCACCUCAUCGAUCCUGGGAUUCGUGAACAGAUCUCCGCCGAAAUCCGCGGGAGGAGAGGCCGACGAGAAGGGAUGGGAUGGAGUGGAUCGACAGGAUGGCAGGACCGGCGACACCGCAAGUCCGUCGCGCAGCUCAUCGAAUGCGAAGAAACGCGAGUCGGCCCCCGCGGGCAGCUUCCGGGGGUUCUCUUCGGGGUUGAUCGGCGGAGGCGGCACUGGGAGACCGCAGAGCAUAUCGUCCGGCUCGAGUUCCUCUUCUGGGAAUUCGGAGCGGAAGAAGCGUGUGUCUUGGAAAUUGCCCCGGAAUGAGGCUGGCGCUGUUAUGAUGCCGCCAUGUCAUCCCCCAAAACCAGAAGACGCAUCGAAAAUCGAGAAGGAAUUGACGCUGCACUUUGAAUCUUUAUCAACACAGGACGCCCUGCCAACUAUUGCCCCUCUGAGGAUCAACAAAGCCGGUUCCCCCAGUCCUUCGCCGAAUACACGCGCCGCCAUGACGGAUUCGCCAUCGAACAGGACGGCCGUGGCAGGAGUCCCCUCGCAAGCACCCAGUGGUAGUCGCAGACAAUACGGAACGCCACUUCCCCGUCGAACGGAGUACGUUGAGCCAUGGAGGCGGGAACCAACUCAGGAGAACAAUCCCAAAUACACGACGACUGACUCUACUGAGGCAUUGCCAUCGCCACCGCCCUCAGGGUCUGAAGAAGACGAAGCUGAAGCUGAAGCUGAGAUCCUAAAGGGGCUCGGUAGAAAGCCGUUCCCGAAAGUUGGCGGUCCGAGCGGGCCUAGAGGUCCGACCCCUCCUCAGGAGCAGACCCCGGUCCGGAAAAACACCACCAAAUAUGGAGCUCAGGUGAAGCCACCGCCACCUCCGGUCAUCGCAAUCGUCGAGGCUCCCAGUUCCCCGCCGACUGUUGCAGCACCUCGGGUCACGGUGUCCAGGUCAAAUGCGGCACCGACCAUCCCCGCGAUAUCAUUCCCGGACGACCCUCCCAGACCCUCCAUCAACGCCUCCGGUGCGAAAUCCUCUCCGGCCGUGCCGACCAUCAACUUUGGUGGCAAUGGUGAUGGAGGUCGCAAGGUUCCUUCUAUCCCCUCGAUCUCCACACCUGAUGCUCCACCUUCAAACACACGCCCCAGUGGCCGCCCACUGCCGCAUCCCCGUGGCGCAACGACCUCCUCCGUCUACUCCUCCUCCUCCUCAACCACGGGAGGACGUGCCCGCGCCAGCUGCAACCUGUGUAGGAACCCGAUCGAAGGCCGUAUAGUGACCGCCGGAUCCCUCCGCUUCCACCCCGAAUGUUUCCGCUGCGACCACUGCGAAACGCCGCUCGAGCACGUCGGCUUCUACCCGGAGCCCAAAGAGCACCGCUCCAAGCGGCUCGAAAAGGCCGGCAUCGAAGAAACUACGCUUACCGGCAACGGCACCGGCGUGCGCUUCUACUGCCACCUCGACUUCCACGAGCUCUUCUCGCCGCGCUGCAAGAGCUGCAAAACCCCGAUCGAGGGAGAAGUCGUCAUGGCGUGCGGCAGCACCUGGCACCCUGGCCACUUCUUCUGCGCCGAGUGUGGCGACCCCUUCACCGCCCAGAGCAAGUUCGUCGAGAAGGAUGGAUACGCGUGGUGCGUCGGCUGCUAUACCAAGCGCUACUCCGGACGCUGCAAGAAGUGCAAGAAGCCUGUUACCGAGACGGUCGUGAAAGCGCUCGGCGGCGAGUGGCACGAAGAUUGUUUCUGCUGCACGGAAUGCAACACCACAUUCGACGACGGCCGAUUCUUCGUCCGCGGCACCGAAGGCAGAGAGGUUCCCGUGUGCGUGGGGUGCGAGGAGAGGCGACUCAAGGCGUAGGAGCCCGUCUUCCUCUAACCUCUAACCUCUCAUCCAAGUGUGUGUGCGAGUAUGGAUAAAUUUGUGCGAGUAUGGAUAAAUUUGUGCGAGUAUGGGUUUGUGCGGCGUGUGUUUUUGUGCAGGCAUUGGGCGUGAGUUUAAGCAUACUUAGGGUCUUUUUUUGAUUGGUUUGCAUCAUUUUCCUUCUCAUUUUCCCUUUGUAUCUAUUGUGGUUGGAUCAGCGUGCGUGCGUGUCUGUGUGUGGCUUGCGGCGAUGGUUGUCAUU